GAACGAGUACAGUACGCCUGCUUUGCUUGCUUAUUGUAAUUUUCCUUCGUCAGCAUAUGAAUGAAUGAAUAUAUAUAUUUAUAUCACUGCGAACAACUUGAGAAUGGCGUAAAAUUAGAGUCCAGUUUACUCUUGCCUUAAUAUUUCUCUUUCUCCCUUUUUCGUUUCAUCACUUUCUCAGAACAUUUUCGGCCGCUUUUUCUAGUUGAAUUGGGUGUAGAAGAGAAGAGCAGUUUUAGUUCCAGAAGUGGAGCGAGGAAUUAAUUACUUAUUCGAUAUGGACACUGUCAUCUGUAUUCAGGUAUGUAUAAAAACCAACUGCAAGAGUUGGCGCAAAGAAGCUGCUUUAAUCUGCCAUCUUAUUCAUGCAUCCGAGAAGGACCAGAUCACGCCCCUCGAUUUAAAGCUACUGUCAACUUCAAUGGAGAGACAUUUGAAAGCCCAACUUUUUGCUCCACUCUAAGACAGGCUGAACAUGCUGCAGCAGAAGUAGCAUUGAGCACACUAGCAAAAAGAGGCCCUUCUAGAGCAUUGGCUGCAAGAGUAUUGGAUGAGACAGGAGUUUAUAAGAACUUGCUUCAAGAGACUGCUCAUAGAGCUGGGUUAAACCUGCCUGUUUAUACCACAAUUCGAUCCGGGCCAGGCCACGUCCCUGUAUUUUCAUGUACGGUUGAGCUAGCAGGAAUGAGCUUCACUGGGGAAUCAGCCAGGACUAAAAAACAAGCCCAGAAGAAUGCAGCCAUGGCUGCUUGGUCAUCCCUAAGAAGAUUGGCCCAACCUGGUUCCUCUUCAUCUUCUUUAAUGGAGUCUAAGGUCAAUGAAGAACAGGAACAAGUCAUUAUUGCUCGUGUUCUUUCAAGUUUAUGCCCACCAGAAAGUAAGUAUUCUGCACAAAAUGAUCGCCUGCAUGGACAACAGAGAUAUUCCCCCAUCUGCAGCAGAUCAACCUUGCCAGCAGCAAGUUUAUUUCCAGUGCAAUUCCAUAGUUGGCCAUACCCUAGUUAUUCUCCCGAAAUAGCCAUGUACCAGUUGUGGCAGCAAGAACAAUUAAUACAGCAUCAACAACACCUAUUUCAGUUUCCAGUUUCACCAUCUACUCCAUCUGUUCCUCAUGUGUUUCCGGUCUUGCAGUCAAUGCUUCGCCCAGAUCGCUGUCUAUACAGUCCAGCAACUGAGCAAGAGUCGACAUCUGCAAAAUCAAGAAUUACAAUUGCUACCUCAGGCCCAUCCCUUUGCUUCUCAGAUCCUUUGAUCCCUGAGUCAAACAGGGGAAGGUCAACAGUCACCAUUAAAGAGAUACAGGAGGAAAAAUCAGAAGAGUCGCCCAAGUAUACCAAAUCCACAGUUUCAGACCCCUUUCUCCUUAGCAACAUUAAUACUGAAUCAAGAGUUCGGGAACCAGUUCAGGAGGAUGAUAGGCAGAGAGUAGCUGAAGGGGGAAGAAAUACUAAAAAUGUCAAGCUAGAAGGAAGCCAAACUGGGCAAGCCAAAUGGGACUUUCGGCUGCCAAGUUCAUGUGGUUUCAACUCUUCUAGGCCUCAACACACAAACCAAUAUCCUCCCAGAUUGACUUCCCAAAAAAGUUUAAGACCACCAACCAGUGCUCCUCCUGUGACGAUCAGAACAGCAGGAUCGACAUCUUCAACUGUGGUCAGGCCACAAAAUUCACCAACACAAGUUGCUGCACCUCCAAAAAUGAGAACGGGCACCCCUUCUUCAUGUCCAGUCAGAUCCUUUCCUGAAAAGUUGGAGCUUGGAGGAGUGAGACAUAGUUUUAUGGCGCCAGCUGUUCGAAUUAGAUCAGUUGUACCUGUAUGCUCUGCUCCACCACUGAGAAACAUGCCAAGUUCCAGCCAGGAGGGAACGUUACCUAACACGGAGAAGAAAAAUACAGAUCAGGACAACAUGUCCAAAGCAACUUCAGAGCUUGGUAAACUCAGGAUAUAAACACCGAGUAUUAGAUACUACAAUCAUUUCUUUUAGAUUUGGAUAGUUUUAGUUGUGAGAAAUAUGGCAGGUUUAUGGGGAGCCAUUGAUACCUACUCAAAGUCUUUAGAAUAAGUGGAAAGCAACAUAAUAUUUUCUGUACAUAUUGGAAUAUAUAUAGUCUUCUGGUGCUUAAUCAGGGAUCAAACAUUGGCCAGAAUUUCUUUUUAUAUAUACGAGUGCUAUUCUGAUUCAAAAAUGUCAGCAUGGUGCUAAUUAGAGAA